GCAGCAUAACUUCGUUGUGAAGUUGUUCGUUUAACAUUAGCAUUUCAUUUCAUGCACUUGAACAGUUGAACUCUCCUGCCAAUAGAAAAGCAAAAGCCUUUCGCAUGAUUUGUGCAUUUAAUACAAGAAAAAUAGGAACCAGUGAAGUGCACUGAAGAGUCUGCUUUUCAUUUUAUUUCAUUUCUCAAGGAGAUUAGAACAGGGAGGCAUCUGGGUUCUGCUUCUUUUCCAUUAAAGAGUCCAAAUUUUGAAUACCCGUUUCCCUUUUUUAGUUGUUCUGAUCAAAGAUUGAAUCUCAGGUAGAGUGAUAUUGCUGUUGAUAUUGAGCUGAUGAUGGAUACAGUUAAAAAGGAUGAUUGGGCUGAUGAAUACUCUGUGAUUGGGGAGAAGGGUGAGAUUGGGUUCAUUGAUUUUGAGGACGAUAAAUCUGUCUGUAACUAUGAUUCAGAUGAGGGGGGGACAGUUGUUAUAUCUGUCCCAUUUCCUUUUGUAAGAGGGAAGCCUCAAUCUAUUCUUGUUGCUGAAACUUCGAAAUGCUCAAUUACCAUAUCAAACACCAUUAAUGAACCUGUGGAGCUUUGGGGAGUUAGGAUAUUCUGCUCAAAUCCUGCAGAUUCAUUCACUUUAUCUCUUAUAGAGCCUCCAUCAGUCAAUUCAAAGGUGGAAAACGUCUCUGGAUUCUUAGAAUCAUAUUCUCUUGAGGACAGAGUACUUCAGGCACACCAAACACUGACUAUUUGGUUAUCCUGCAAACCAAAAGAAAUGGGGUUGCACACAUCUGUACUGCAUUUUGACGUGGGUGAUGAUAGGAUUGAACGUGUUGUUUUUCUGUUGGCUGAAGAUAAGGUCUCUCAGUCUCUGAGGCCUAACAUGCCUUUUUCAAGAACUCCAAGAAGAAAACAGUCUGUCAUGGACGAACAUGCAUUUUCCUCAAGCACUGUCAAGUCUCUUCCUUCCAAGGCAAUGCCCCAAGGAAAGAAAUUUAAGCUUCCUGAAUUUCCAAUCCCAAAGGAAACAAGGGAGUUAUUGGAGAAUAAGCAGGUCCCUGAUGUUCUUGUGGAAGGUUUAAAGAUGAAGAACUAUGCUACUUUCUUCAGCACAUUGCUCAUAAUGGAAGAGCUACAUUUGGAGAAAGAGAUGCGGUGUCAUGACAUGGAGUUUGUCAACUUGAGACAGAAAGGGCCUCAACUUCUGGCUCUUGAGGUCCCUGGGCUUGCUGAGAGAAGGCCUUCACUUGUACAAGGCGAUUAUGUUUUUGUGAAGCUUGCCUCUGACCAGACACCUGACAGGGAUGUAUAUAAGGGUUAUAUUUAUCGUGUUCAAGCUGAUGAAGUGCUUCUGAAAUUUGCGAAGGAUCUUCAUAUGCAUUACAGUAAUAGGAAUUUAUUCAAUGUCCGAUUUACAUAUAAUAGGGUGAAUUUUAGGAGAUUAUAUCAAGCAGUUGAAGCAGCUGAGAACUUGGAGGCUGAUAUUCUCUUUCCAUCUCAAUCAACCAAAAGGACAUUGUUAGAGAAAGCAAUAUUCAUGCCUUUCACGACCGGUCUCAAUGCAGAGCAGAUGCAUUCUGUGGAAAUGAUCCUGAGUUGCAAAGGUGCUCCACCCUAUGUAAUUUAUGGGCCUCCAGGGACUGGUAAAACAAUGACACUAGUAGAAGCCAUAUUACAAAUACAUGCAACAAGAAAGGAUGGAAGAAUUCUGAUAUGCGCGGCUUCAAAUAGUGCAGCAGACCACAUAUUGGAAAAACUCAUUAGCCAUGAGGUUGCUAAAGUUAAAGAGAAUGAUAUUUUUAGGCUAAAUGGCUCAAGUCGUCCAUAUGAGGAUCUUCAACAUGAUCAUAUUCGCUUUUGCUAUUUUGAAGAGUCAAUUUUCAGAUGCCCUCCACUUAAGGCCUUAAUGAAUUUUAGGAUAAUCAUUUGUACAUAUACAAGUUCAUCACUACUUUAUGCAGAAGGUAUAGGCCGUGGUCAUUUCUCUCAUAUUUUCUUGGAUGAGUCUGGCCAAGCUUCAGAGCCUGAAAGCAUGGUUCCUAUAUCUAAUCUAUGCAAGAAGGAAACUGUUAUUGUUCUGGCAGGUGAUCCUAAGCAACUUGGUCCUGUUGUAUAUUCGAAAAAUGCUGAGGCAUCCGGAUUAGGAAAGUCAUAUCUCCAGAGGCUUUUUGAAUGUGAAUUCUAUCAUAAUGAAGAAAAAGGAUUUGUCACAAAACUAGUAAGGAAUUAUAGAUGCCACCCUGCAAUUCUACACCUCCCUUCUAAGCUUUUCUACAAAGGAGAGUUGCUCGCAUGUAAAGAAGAUACUUGUCCCUCGAUAGGUUUUGACGUGGAUUUUCUCCCUAGAAAAGAAUUUCCUGUUCUAUUCAUUGGUAUUCAAGGCUGUGAUGAGAGAGAAGGCAAUAACCCUUCAUGGUUUAACCGAAUUGAGGCGAGCAAGGUUGUUGAGAUUGUAAACAAGUUAAUAGACAAUACAGAUCUAAAUGAGACAGAUAUUGGGGUAAUAACACCUUAUAGGCAGCAGGUCCUCAAGAUCAAAAAAGCACUUGAAAGUUGGGAAAUGUCAGAUGUUAAAGUUGGGAGUGUAGAACAAUUUCAGGGACAAGAAAGAGAGGUCAUUAUUAUAUCUUCUGUGAGAUCAACUGUUAAACACAAUGACUUUGACAGAACCUACUCUCUGGGUUUCCUGAGCAACCCAAAGAGAUUUAACGUUGCAAUUACCCGUGCCAGAUCCUUGCUUAUCAUUGUUGGGAAUCCACACAUUAUCAGUAAGGAUCCUUGCUGGGAGAAGCUUUUGUGGUAUUGUGUAGAUAAUAAUACCUAUCAAGGCUGCUCUCUUCCUGAAAGGCAAAACCGAGAAUGCACAGGGCAUAAUUAGAAUUUGAUUGCAAUCUCCUCAAAUGCAGAUGAAAGAGAAGUAGCAGAUGAAUUUGAAUAGGAUAUUUUGAUAAGUAAUAUUAGCAAUGAUACUUUGUACUGGAGUAGCAUUUGUAACUGUUGAAGCAAGUUGUUGAAAUUAAUUAGAAUGUGACGGUUGAAUUGCACUGAUAAAUUCCAUUAGAUGCAUAAAAAAUCAUAUCACACAAGUGAACUUAGAAGAAGGUGAUGUUUGUUUCCGGGUAAGUGCAUUUGAGAAUUGUGACGAAAAGAGAAUGAAUGGAUUUGAUAGGAAGAUGGAGAAGGUUAGGCGCUUGGCAGCAGAUAAGUUGUUUUGCCUUUUAAGAAUUGCUUUGUUUGUA